AAUGGGAUGAAUAGUCCGUAUCAUAUGAUCAAUAGUUAGUGAAUUAACAACAUGAAACCAUUUGUGUUGCUGUCCACCUUAGUGGCUCUAGCCAGUGCAAGACCUGAAGCUGGAUACAGCUACAGUCCUCCAUCUAGUUCUUAUGGAGCCCCAUCGGGCGGUGGAGGCGGUUUCAUUGGAGGAGGACAUGGAGGAGGUGGUGGUGGCGGAGGUGGAUUCGGAGGCGGUGGCGGAUUUGGAGGCGGCGGCGGAUUAGGAGGUGGCGGCGGCUUUGGAGGAGGCGCUGGCGGCGGCGGCGGAUUUGGAGGCGGUUUAGGCGGCGGUAUUGGAGGAGGUUUCGGAGGAGGCGGCGGUGGAGGCGGUGGUGGUGGAUUUGGAGGUGGUUUCGGAGGAGGCACCACUGUCCAGAAACAUAUCUAUGUUCAUGUACCACCACCAGAGCCAGAAGAGUUUAGACCUCAGAGACCUAUUCAAGUUGGACAAGCCCAGAAGCACUAUAAAAUUAUUUUCAUCAAGGCCCCAAGUGCACCUGCACCAACUGCCCCGAUAAUUCCAGUUCAACCACAGAAUGAAGAAAAGACCUUAGUCUACGUUUUGGUCAAGAAACCUGAAGAAGCACCUGAAAUAACCAUUCCAACUGCAGCUCCCACACAACCAAGCAAACCCGAAGUCUACUUCAUCAGAUACAAAACUCAGAAGACCGCCGCUGGAGGUGGUGGUGGUGGAUUUGGAGGUGGUUUCGGAGGUGGAGCCGGAGGCGGUGGCGGCGGCGGAGGUGGUUUCGGAGGUGGAGCUGGUGGUGGAUUCGGAGGAGGAGCAGGCGGUGGUUUUGGAGGUGGAAUUGGAGGUGGCAUCGGAGGAGGAAUUGACGGUGGAAUCGGAGGAGGAAUCGGAGGCGGCCAUGGAGGUGGUUCUGGUGGUGGAGUAUCAACCAGCUAUGGCCCUCCAGGCAAAUCCGGCCCGUACUAAAAGCUCCAAGACACCUUUGUAACGACUGAAGAAAAAUAUUUGUCGUUACAUUCCAACAACGAAUGGUGAUGCUGGUAUAUCUGCAAUUGCCGCCAAAAAUUUUGACAUAGUUUGUUAAGAAUUUUGACUAACUUUUGACGUCGGUUAUAGAUACUUUCGGUUUGUUCAAAACAGCAAAUUGAGAUUUAAUGGGUCGCUUUCGAUGAAACUGCGAAUCUUUUGAAAAAAGACUAAAAAAGUUCGCCGUAUACGAUUUAAGAGGGUUUUGAAGUUUCAUCAGAAGUGUUUCAUUUUGUAAAUAUAGUGCAAUAUAAAUGUAUGUUAUAUUUUAUAUAUUUUUGUAUAUUUUUGUAUGAAUACGGUGACAAAUAAAUGUAUUUUUUAA